AUGCUUUGUCUAAAUCGACGCAGAACAUUAAAUUUUCAAAAUGCCCAACCUUGUACUCCGUCCACUUCAAUUACCUCCCUUCAAUUAGACGAACCAGAUAUUGAUGAUGUUGAUUUGACUGAAAAUGAAAUUAUUGAUGUUGAAAAUGGGAAAAAUAACUUUGAAGAUAAUAUCGAAACUUUACAAACAGAAAAACAAAAAUUUCCAAAAUCUCCUUCAAUUGAGACAAAAACAACAACUCAAAGAAAAAGGGAUGCUUCGCCUAUUUCAAUUCCAGAAAGGCCAAUGAAAUUAUUACGUGUUGAUUCUGAUUCACUCAAAUUUUAUUUUCUCGAUGCUUUUGAAAAUAUUUACACAAAACCUGGGACAGUUUAUUUAUUUGGAUAUUUAAAUUCAACAGAUAUUAAACCCCAAAGUUGUUGCAUUACUUUAAGAAAUAUUACAAAACAAUUAUUUUUCCUAAAACGGGAAAUUUUUGUAACCAAAUGUUUUAUUUCACCUGAUGCUUCUGUGCCAAAAGAAUGUCAAACAGUUGAAGUUUGGGCUAAGUGCAAUUUUGGGCGUAUCCCUACAAAUCUUUCUGGUGACUGUUUCAGCCAUGUGAUGAACACAACAACUACUGCUUUAGAACGUGUUCUCAUUGAGCGUGAAAUUUAUGGUCCGUGUUGGCUUGAAAUUCGAAAUGCCAGAAAAAAAGAAGAUGGGGAUCCUCACGUUUCCUAUUGCCAACAUGAAUAUUCACUAAAUAUGGAUCAAAUGGACUAUAUUUCUAUGUCCUCUACAUUGCCUACUCCAUUACCUCCACCUUCAAUUACUUUGGUUGUUUUAAACAUUUUGACUGCUUUAAAUCCAAAAACAAAAGACACUCAGAUUGUUAUGAUUUCUUUAAUUCAUCACUCCUGUAAUUUAGAAAUGUCUACAAAUUUUGAUCCAAAAUCUUUAAUAACUAAACGAUUUUGUGUUGUUUCAAAAUUCAACAAAGGAUUGCCUCUUCCAUUUGAUUUGGAGGACCAAUUAAAAAAUAAUGGAAUUUCAACAAUGGUUCGUAAAGUUGGAGAUGAAUUGUCGUUACUAAACAUUUUCUUAUCAAAAAUUGCAGAACUUGAUCCAGAUAUGAUUUUGGCACAUGAUUUAAACGCUCAAUUAACAUUACUUCAGACGAGAAUUGAAAAGUAUAAUAAACUUAAAAAAUGGGAUAGACUUGGUCGAAUAAAGAAUAAGGACCAAAUUCAAAAGAUUGGUCGAUCGAAAUUUGCUCAAUGGGAAUUAACUGCUGGAAGGCUUUGUUUAGAUUCGAAAAUAGCUGCUUCUGAACUGAUACAUUGCCGAAGUUAUGAAAUGGAAGAUUUAGUUGAAACUUUAUUGAAAAUGAACAGACAAAAUCUUAGCACAGAACAAAUAUCAGAGCCUUUUUUAAUAACAAAUCCAAAAGUUAAAUUAAUUGAUUUAAUUAAAUGGAAUUGGAAUGAAAAUUUAUAUACACUUAAACUUGUUGAGCAUCUUAAUUCUAUUCCUUUGUUUGUACAAAUUACACAAAUUGUUGGUGGAGUUUUGUCACGUACAUUAAUGGGCGGUCGUGCAGAAAGAAAUGAAUAUUUACUACUCCACGCGUGCCAUCGAAACAAUUCAAUAAAAUCUGUCAAAUCAAAUGUGCCAAAGAAAAAAAUCCAAGACAAAAAAUUGCCUUCAAAAAGUGGAGAAAAUAAUCAAGAAAUAAAUGAUGGAGAUAUUGAAGUAGUUGUGGAUACUGAACCUAUUCAGGAAGAAGAAAAUGAAAUAACAUUUCCCAAACAAGAAGAGAAAAUAACCAAAAAUAAUAAAAAAACACAAUAUACUGGUGGUUUGGUUUUGGAACCAAAAAUAGGACUUUAUGAGACAUUUAUUAUACUUUUGGAUUUUAACAGUUUAUAUCCAAGUAUUAUUCAAGAAUUUAAUAUUUGUUUUACUACUGUUGACCAGGCUUUUGAUGAUUUGGCAGAAAUUGAUUUACCUAAUGCACCCGGCUCAAGUCGUCCAGAUGGAAUUUUAAAAAAUGAAAUUCGAAAACUUGUAAAUAGGCGAAAAGAAGUUAAGAAAUUAAUGAGUAAAGAGAAACACGAUUCUGAAAAAUAUCAACAAUAUAAUAUAAGACAACUCGGUCUUAAAUUAACAGCUAACAGUAUGUAUGGAUGUUUAGGCUUCAAACAAUCACGCUUUUUUGCUAAAACUCUUGCAGCAAUGAUUACCUCAAAGGGAAGAGAAGUAAAAUUAAAAAAAUAUUUUAAUUUAAAAAUUAUAUUUUUAAAGUUACUUUUGCAUGCAAAAACUUUGGUUGAGAAUGAAAACUUUUCUGUAAUUUAUGGUGACACCGAUUCUUUAAUGGUUAAUACAAAUACAACAAACUUUUUGGAAGCUAAACAAAUUGGACAAAAACUUAAACAAGUUGUUAAUAAAAAUUAUUCUCUUCUUGAAUUAGAUAUUGAUGGAAUUUAUAAAAGACUUCUUUUGUUGAAGAAAAAGAAAUAUGCUGCACUUUCUGUUGAUUUUAAUGAUGAAAAUUUAACUACAGCCGAAUUGAAAGGAUUGGAUAUUGUGAGGAGAGAUUGGUCUGAAUUGGCAAAAGAUAUUGGAUUAGAGAUUGUCAAUUUAAUUCUUUCCUCAAUUGAUCGAAAAACACUUAUUGAACGAAUAACUUCUGUUCUAGCUUUACGACGAGAAGAUUUAGAGGAUGGACGAUUCCCACUAGAAAAAUUUGAAAUCUUAAAGCAAUUAACUCGAGACCCCGCUGAUUACAAAGACAUAAAAUCACAACCACAUGCAGUUAUUGCACGCCGAUUGAAUGAAUCCAAAAAGUUUAGACUACGGCAGGGUGAUAUUGUAAAAUAUAUUAUUUGUACGGAUGGGACAAAUAACCCUCCAACUCAAAGAGGAUAUCACUCAUCUGAAAUUUUAGCUAAUGAAGAAUUAUCUGUUGAUAAGAAUUACUACUUGGCUCAACAAAUUCACCCAGUUGUCAUGCGACUUUGUGAACCAAUCGUUGAAAUAGACUCCUAUAAAAUCGCAGAAAUUUUGGGUAAUUAUUUAUAA